AUGGAUAUGCUCUUCAUGUUCGUUUGUUUUACUGCCUGCUCUUCUGUUUUUUUAAAUAUCGAAUGCGACCCUGAUGAUGGUACUUGGCAGGAUGAUUUGUCCCCUGACCUACCUUAUAAGAGAAAAGAACUUGCCAAUGGGGAUGAGUCGUUUCACGUGAAAGGUUGCUUUGUAGGGUUUGCCCAGAAGAAUAGCAGCGGAAUCGUGACCGGCCUUAGGAUGCGGGUAAGUGGAAAUCUUCCUGGCGAUUACAUUCUUGCAGUCGGUUACGCCUUAGGCUGGGUGUCGCGAGAUAAAGCAAUGGAGUUGCGGGAAGCAGCCAAGGCUAUUGAUUUCGGGCUCACGUGUCUCGUUCCCAAUUCGUGGAAAUCCAGGCAUGUUAAAGAAGAGGGUAAUUUUCGUACCGAAUGGGUAACGGAAGACCUGUUCAAGGAAAAAAUUGACUGGCUUUUUAUGUUUAAGCGUAGAUAUGAGGGUGAGAAUGGGUCUUUAUCGAUUUCUGGGAAGUCGAAAGUCGAGCUUGAUGAGGUGAAAGAGCGUGUGGUUUUUCUCCACACUCACAGCCCUAUUCGUUUUUCCGAAGAGCCUGUCGGGUGCUCAAUUCAAUAAAAAGUUGAUUAUUGGUUGAUUUGGUCUGGGUGGUUUGCGUUAUGUGGUACAGGCUCUUCUUCGGAAAGAUGGUUCUCUGUUGU